AUGGCUGAAACUUUCGCCUUCAAUGCUGACAUCCAGCAGUUGAUGUCCUUGAUCAUCAACACCUUCUAUAGCAACAAGGAGAUUUUCCUGCGCGAGCUGAUCUCCAACGCGUCCGACGCCUUGGACAAGAUCCGGUAUGAGAGCAUCACCGACCCUGAGAAGAUUGAGGCCCAGCCGAAUUUCUUCAUCAAGAUCGUCCCGGACAAGACCAACUCGACCCUGACGAUCGAGGACUCGGGCAUCGGCAUGACCAAGACGAACGAGCUCAUCAACAAUCUGGGCACCAUCGCCAAGAGCGGCACAAAGGCCUUUAUGGAGGCAAUGGCCGCGGGUGGCGAUAUCUCCAUGAUCGGACAGUUCGGCGUCGGCUUCUACAGUGCCUACCUUGUUUCCGACAAGGUUCGCGUGAUCAGCAAGCACAAUGACGACGAGCAGUACAUCUGGGAGUCUGGUGCCGGUGGAUCCUUUACUGUGCAGAAGGACACAGAGCUCGUGCACGGCGAGAUCAAGCGCGGCACCAAGAUCAUCUGCUACCUCAAGGAGGACCAGUCUGAGUUCCUGGAGGAGCGACGCCUCAAGGACUUGGUGAAGAAGCACUCUGAGUUUAUUGGCUUCCCGAUCGAGCUCUAUGUCGAGAAGUCCAAGGAGAAGGAGGUCACCGAUUCCGAGGAGGAGGAAGAGGAGAAGAAGGAGGAUGCCGGAGACGAUUACAAGAAGUUCUACGAGCAGUUUGGCAAGUGCCUGAAGCUGGGCGUGCACGAGGACUCGACGAACCGCACCAAGGUCGCGGAGCUCUUGCGAUUCCACACCUCCAAGUCGGGCGACGAGCAGAUCAGCCUGAAGGAGUACGUGGACCGCAUGAAGGAGGGCCAGAACGACAUCUACUACAUCACGGGUGAGAGCAUCCAGGCGGUGUCUUCGUCGCCCUUCCUGGAGACCCUGCGCAAGAAGGGCAUCGAGGUGAUCUACAUGACGGACCCCGUGGAUGAGUACUGCGUGCAGCAGCUGAAGGAGUUCGAUGGCAAGAAGCUGAAGAGCACCACCAAAGAAGGUCUGGACAUUGACGACGAGGACGAGAAGAAGAAGUUGGAGGAGCUGAAGGCGGAGUUCGAGCCGCUGACGAAGCUGAUGAAGGAGGUGCUGGGUGACAAGGUUGAGAAGGUCAUGGUGAGCUCUCGCAUGGCUGACUCUCCUUGCGUGCUGACCACCUCCGAGUAUGGCUGGUCUGCCAACAUGGAGCGUAUCAUGAAGGCGCAAGCCCUUCGCGACAACUCCAUGACAUCUUACAUGGUCUCCAAGAAGACUAUGGAAGUGAACCCAAAGCACUCCAUCAUGUCUGAGCUGAAGAAGAAGGCAGCGGCCGACAAGUCUGACAAGACGGUGAAGGACCUGAUCUGGCUGUUGUUCGACACCUCGCUUCUCACCUCUGGCUUCAACCUGGAUGAGCCUACACAGUUUGCAGGCCGCAUCCAUCGCAUGAUCAAGCUCGGCCUCAGCAUCGAUGACGACGACGAGGGCCUGGGCGAUGAUGACGAUUUGCCUCCGCUGGAGGAGGUUGAGGGCGCGGCCGACGAGGCUUCCAAGAUGGAGGAGGUUGCGGAACAUGCCUAUGCGGCCAUGCGACUUUUCAAGGCCACGCCGGACAUGCCCAUGGAGGCAUCUCCGGCCGAUCAGUUGCAGACGCCCUUGCUGCUUUUCAGACUGAGUUUAAGCAGCCUGGCACAGCAGCAGUCGUCAGAUGGUCAGCAGAUCAGUAUGAUCACAUACGUUGAUGAUCGCUCCUUCCUGACGCAGAGCGGGCAUUAUGCCAUGACGUUGAUCGACAGAUGGAUCGCCCUGCGAUCCCACGGGAUGAGCUGCAGAAACGACUGGGAUGGCCACUUGGCCUCGCCGAGGUGCAGACAAGGCAAUGGCACCGACGGCAGUGUGAAAGCGCGCAGCGUAUCAGUAGAACCAGAAGAAAAUACAGGCUUUCUGCGGGGCUGCGCAACUAAGGGCGCUGCCAGUGUGGCUAAGGCCAACAACUGGAGCAAAGCUGCCAGGCCGGCAGCCCCGCUGGAGCAAUCGCACGCUGAGUUUUGCAUUGCUGAUCUGGAUCAGUUUCAGAGCCCCAUCAUGCAUUGGCCUCCCCAGCGGAACAACACUGUUCCUACGCCCGCGCUGCUGUCAAAAUAG